AUGGUGUUCAUUCUGCCAGAGAAGUUCAGGGCAGAAAGGACAGAAAGCACUUUGGAGGGAGAUGUUGGCAAAGGCAGAAUAGGCAUCAGAACAGCAACAGGCACUCCCAAGACAGACGGAAUGAGACAGCGACUAGAACAGCUUUGCUUCUCCAACCAAACCAAGGAGAUGGCCAAUCAUCUCAACCCUUUUUUCAUAACAACAAACUUUGGGGGUAUUCCUAUUCCCAAGGUCAUGGUAGAUGGAGGUGCAGCCAUUAAUCUUCUGCCUCACAGAUUGCUGAGCAAGAUGGGCAGAACAGAGAAAGAUUUGAUCCCAACACGCUUAACCGUCACCAACUUCGCUGGGGGCAUCACCAAAACUCAUGGGAUCUUGGAUGUGGAUGUCAUAGUUGGAAGCAAAGAGGUGAAGAUUGCAUUCUUUGUGCAAUUAGCUCUGUGGAAUGAAGAGGGUUACAUGGAGAUAGUAGAGGCCGAUCCACGACCAUUCUGCCCUCUGCCAUGUGUUUUGAGGCAAGGUAUUACCAUGAUGACCUUGGUCCUUUCACUUCCUUGGAGUCAACCAAAACGGCCGCCCCAUGAUGUCACAGCCCAGAGGCUCAUUGAAGAUGUUCCUAUCAACAGAAAAGGAUCGAGCUGCAACAAUCCGAUCCAUUACAAAAAGAUUGUUGAUAUAUUGGGAGGAAAGGAAGCUCUUCAUGCAGGAAUCCAGCCAUCAAUAUGCAGAAUUCCACUCAUGAGAGCACGGAAGACCAGGAGGAAGAAGAGUUACAGGAGGAAGUGUUAG